AUGAGGACGGCAGCACAACUCUUCUACCUCGCUGUGUUUGCGCUCUUGCAUACAUCUGAUGCAAACAGCGAAGCAGUCGCGAGAAACAUUGUCCCCGAAGCCGCCGACGAAUGCGCCAUCCACCCGAAAGCAAUUGUUUCCGAUGCAUGCGCCUCCUACUCUACAAUCGAUAAUCUAAACAAGGCGCUCAGUCCUGCGGUCGAAGACCUUACCAAGCAUACCGACUUUUUUGCAUACUACCGCCUCAACCUAUUCAAUAAGCAAUGUCCCUUCUGGAACGACGACGGCGGCAUGUGUGGCAACAUUGCCUGCGCCGUGAACACGCUCGACAAUGAGGAGGAUAUACCACUCGUCUGGCGCUCAGAGGAGUUAUCGAAGCUGCAAGGACCAAAGGCCGUUCACCCUGGGCGAAAGCAACAAGCUGAACGCGGUCCGGAGAGGCCGCUACAAGGCAUGCUGGGAGAGGACACAGCGGAGAGUUGCGUGAUGGAAUACGACGACGAAUGUGAUAGCAGGGACUACUGUGUACCAGAAGACGAGUCCGCUACUGGCAAGGGCGACUACGUGAGUCUAGUCGACAACCCCGAGCGCUUCACCGGAUACAGCGGCGCGAGCGCCAACCAAGUCUGGGACGCCAUAUACCGCGAGAACUGCUUCAGCCGCUCAUCCUUCCCCAAGUCCGCGUCCCUCGGCAAGCCGAAAACGGCGAGCAUGCCGUUCCCCGCCGCCAACGAGCUCAAGUUCGUGAUGCAGGGCGGCGCGAAGCACGCUCCGCUACUAGGCAAUGCCCCGAGCGCCGAGACGGGCUUCGAGAACGAGGAUGAGUGUCUGGAGAAGCGCGUCUUUUACCGCGUGGUGUCGGGCAUGCACGCGAGUAUCAGCGCACAUAUCUGCCAGUACUCGCUCAACCAGUUGACAGGCCAAUGGGGUCCGAAUCUGACGUGCUACCAUGAGAGGCUGCACGAGCACCCGGAGCGCAUUUCGAACUUGUACUUCAACUACGCCCUCGUCGUGCGCGCCGUGGCUAAGCUGGGGCCGUACUUGAACGAUUACACGUACUGCUCAGGUGACCCGACGCAGGACGCGGAGACGAAGAGCAAAGUCCUUGCCAUCUCUGCCCAGGCCGCGCGCGAGCCGAAUAUCUUCGACGAGAGCCUGAUGUUUGUGAAUGGCGAGGGACCGAGUCUGAAGGAGGACUUCCGUAACCGCUUCCGCAAUAUUAGCCGCAUGAUGGACUGUGUCGGGUGCGACAAGUGCCGACUGUGGGGAAAGCUGCAGACAAACGGUUACGGUACGGCUCUGAAGGUGCUCUUUGAGUUUGACAACCCGCACGCGCUGGAGGGUGAUCUUCAAGUUGCGCCGCAGCUGAAGCGGACGGAGCUGGUGGCGCUGUUCAACACGCUCGCUAGGAUCAGCAGCUCUUUAGACGCUGUUGGCAAGUUCAGAGACCUAGUUGAUGCCGAAGAUAGCGCGUCAGGAAAAGGAAAGGGGGAGGAGUAUCAUGUGAUUACGGAUCGGGAGAGGCUGGGGAGGCAGCAGGUGUCGGGGAAGAGCUACAAGGAUACGGGUGAGAUGACAGAGAAGGAACGCCAAGAGACGGCCGAGGAUGAGGAUGAGGAUAUCCAAAAAGUCUUUGGCGAUCAUCGUAAGCGCCGCGAUACCACGGAAGAGUCGGCGUGGGAAGCGAUUUGCAACGAGACUUGGAUCAUUUACCGCAUUGUGAUAUAUAUCUUCAAGCAGUGGAUUGGGUUUCCCAAGGUUGCAUGGCACAUCUUCACCAACGAGCUCAGUCGCCUAUGGCACAACUACAUCGGUCUCCCCAUCCCGAUGCGCACCUGGGGAUGGAAACGCGUCCCGGGCCCUGAGGAGUUCUAUUAG